AUGGAACAAAUAGAAGUAUCAAACAAUAAAGAACAAAAAAUCAGUGAGAGUUCUGCAAUAGGAAAAGAGAUCAGUAUUGAAGUUUAUAGAAAGAAGGAGAAAAGUUUAAAUCUAAGAAGUGAUAACGGAACAAAAGUUGAAAAAGAAGUUGAAAAUAUCUGCAGUGUAAAACAAAGUAAAGAAACUGUAAGCAGAAAAGAAGAUUGGAAUAAAAGUAAAGAAGUUGAAAAUAAAAACAAAGAAGUUGAAAUUAAAGAAGUUGAAAAUAGAAACAAAGAAGUUGAAAUUAAAGAAGUUGAAAAAAGAAACAAAGAAGUAGAAAUUAAAAACAAUCAAGUCGAAAAUAAAGAAGUUGUGAAUAAAUGUAAAGAAAUUGAAGAUAAGAAAACACAACUUAAGAACAAAGAAGCUGAGAAUAAAAUUAACGAAGUUGAAAAUAGAGAGACAGAAAACAAACAAGUUACAAAUAAAGAAGCUUAA